CACGUCAGUGAGCUGACAGGGAAGGGAGCCGGCUCCACCGUCUGUUCUGGCCGACUCUUUCCCAGCCGACUGUGCGACCCUUGACUUCGGCCUCAGCUCCCAGGGAACGAGCUCCUUCCCUUCGCCCAUCCGCCGCCAGAGCUCUGAGAGCCGCCUGGAGACGCCUGCAGGGCCGGACUGGACAUGAGCUGCAGCUGCUGGUCCUGGGACUAGGCCCCGCCAUUUUGGAUCCGCUGACAGAUCUAGAGGGAGUCUUCAGUUGAUGUAGUGCCUCCUCUUUGGAUCCUUUUGGGGUUUGCCAGAAUGGUGGAUAAGAAUAUUUAUAUCAUUCAAGGGGAGAUUAACAUUGUGGUUGGAGCUAUCAAACGAAAUGCCCGAUGGAGCACCCAUACUCCACUGGAUGAAGAACGGGAUCCUCUUCUGCAUAGUUUUAGUCAUCUAAAGGAGGUUCUGAACAAUAUAACAGUACUCUCAGAAAUUGAGCCCAUUGUGUUCCUUCGUCCCUUUCUGGAAGUGAUUCGCUCUGAAGAUACCACUGGCCCUAUCACUGGACUGGCACUCACCUCUAUCAAUAAGUUCCUGUCCUACGCACUCAUAGAUCCCACUCAUGAAGGCACAGCAGAGGGGAUGGAGAACAUGGCAGAUGCUGUCACCCAUGCCCGUUUUGUAGGCACAGAUCCUGCCAGCGAUGAGGUUGUCCUGAUGAAAAUCCUUCAGGUGCUACGAACUUUGUUGCUGACCCCCGUGGGUGCGCAUCUAACCAAUGAAUCUGUGUGUGAGAUCAUGCAGUCCUGCUUCCGGAUCUGCUUUGAAAUGAGGCUCAGUGAGUUAUUGAGAAAAUCCGCAGAGCACACUCUCGUGGACAUGGUGCAGCUGCUCUUCACAAGGUUGCCUCAGUUUAAGGAAGAGCCCAAGAACUAUGUGGGGACCAACAUGAAGAAGCUGAAAAUGAGAGCAGGGGGCAUGAGCGAUGCAUCCAAGUGGAAGAAACAGAAGAGAUCCCCGCGGCCCCCACGCCAUGUGACCAAAGGCACACCAGGUUCAGAGCAGCCCCCCGCCAAUGGAAACACCACACCUUCUAAUAAUCUCACCGGUGGCAUGCCCUUCAUUGAUGUGCCCACAUCCGUCUCUUCUGCAAGUUCAGAAGCUGCCUCAGCAGUGGUCAGCCCCUGUACAGACAGUGGCCUAGAGUUCUCCUCCCAGACCACCUCCAAGGAGGACCUUACUGACCUGGAGCAGCCCGGCUCUCCAGGACACAGCUCAGCUGCGGAGCCUUGCAGCAGCGAGCUCGGGGUUGCCGAGCAGCCUGACCUGCAGGAAAGGACACAUGUGGAGCAGGCCCAGUCAACAUCCGUGGAAUCCAUCCCUGAGGUGUUAGAGGAGUGCUCGUCCCCGGCAGACCACUCCGACUCUGCCUCUGUCCAUGACAUGGAUUACGUCAACCCUCGGGGCGUUCGCUUCACACAGUCCUCCCAGAAAGAAGGUACAGCUUUGGUCCCCUAUGGUCUUCCCUGUAUUCGAGAGCUCUUCCGCUUCCUCAUCUCCCUCACCAAUCCACACGACCGCCACAACUCAGAGGUCAUGAUUCACAUGGGACUGCAUUUGCUGACAGUGGCUCUUGAGUCAGCCCCUGUAGCCCACUGCCAAACCCUCCUGGGCCUUGUCAAGGAUGAGAUGUGCCGCCAUUUAUUCGAGCUUCUCAGCGUGGAGCGAGUGAAUCUUUAUGCUGCUUCCCUGCGUGUGUGCUUCCUGCUCUUUGAGAGCAUGAGGGAGCAUCUCAAAUUCCAGUUGGAGAUGUACAUCAAAAAACUCAUGGAGAUCAUCACUGUGGAAAACCCCAAGAUGCCUUAUGAGAUGAAGGAGAUGGCGCUGGAGGCCAUUGUGCAGCUCUGGCAUAUUCCCAGUUUUGUCACUGAGCUUUACAUCAAUUAUGAUUGUGACUACUACUGUUCCAACCUCUUUGAAGAGCUUACCAAGCUGCUGUCCAAGAAUGCCUUCCCUGUGUCUGGUCAGCUCUAUACAACACACCUACUAUCCCUGGAUGCUCUGUUGACGGUGAUUGAUAGCACUGAGGGCCAUUGCCAGGCCAAAGUCCUCAGUAACCUUAGCCAGCAGGAGAAGAAAGAGUCAGCCAGACCCAGCUAUGAUGCAGUAGAAGGCUCCCGAGAAGUCAGCAGUUCCGAGAGAAUAGCCAGUGAUGGGAAAGCUGCGAGCAUGGCACCUGACGCCCCAGGCCUGCAUCUGCCAGGUGGAGGGUGGCAGCCAGCAGAUCAUGGGAAGCCAGGAUGCAGUGAUCUGGAGGAAGCUGGAGAGUCUGGAGCUGACAAAAAGUUUACCCGGAAGCCACUUCGAUUUUCCUGCCUCCUACCAGAUCCACGGGAACUGAUUGAGAUUAAAAACAAAAAGAAGCUACUGAUCACUGGCACAGAGCAGUUCAACCAGAAACCAAGGAAAGGAAUCCAGUUUCUUCAGGAGAAAGGCCUGCUCGCCAUCCCGAUGGACAAUGCAGAGGUAGCCCAGUGGCUCCGAGAGAACCCUCGGCUGGACAAGAAAAUGAUUGGCGAGUUUGUGAGUGAUCGUAAAAACAUUGACCUGUUGGACAGCUUUGUGAGCACCUUCAGUUUUCAGGGCCUGCGGUUGGAUGAAGCCCUGCGCCUCUACCUAGAAGCUUUUCGCUUACCUGGGGAAGCACCAGUCAUCCAGAGGCUGCUGGAAGUGUUCACAGAGCAUUGGAGGAAUUGUAACGGCUCCCCAUUUGCCAAUAGCGAUGCCUGCUUUGCCCUGGCCUAUGCCGUCAUCUUGCUUAACACUGACCAGCAUAACCACAACGUUCGCAAACAGAAUGUGCCCAUGACCCUUGAGGAGUUUCGCAAAAACCUGAAAGGUGUGAAUGGAGGCAAAGACUUUGAACAAGACAUCCUGGAAGACAUGUACAACGCCAUCAAGAAUGAGGAAAUUGUGAUGCCUGAGGAGCAGACAGGCUGGGUACGGGAGAAUUACGUGUGGAAUGUGUUGCUUCAUCGAGGUGCCACUCCAGAGGGCAUAUUCCUGCGUGUACCUGCUGGAAGCUACGAUCUUGACCUCUUCACCAUGACCUGGGGCCCUACUAUUGCUGCUCUUUCUUAUGUCUUUGACAAAAGUCUUGAAGAGACAAUCAUCCAGAAAGCCAUCUCAGGCUUCAGGAAGUGUGCCAUGAUCUCUGCCCACUACGGCCUCAGCGAUGUGUUUGACAAUCUCAUCAUCUCCUUGUGCAAAUUCACAGCUCUCAGCAGUGAGUCUAUUGAGAAUCUUCCCAGUGUGUUUGGAAGCAACCCUAAAGCCCACAUUGCAGCCAAGACUGUUUUCCAUUUGGCCCAUCGUCAUGGUGACAUCUUGCGUGAGGGCUGGAAGAAUAUCAUGGAAGCCAUGCUACAACUCUUCCGAGCCCAGCUGCUGCCCAAGGCUAUGGUGGAGGUUGAAGAUUUUGUGGAUCCCAAUGGCAAGAUCUUUCUACAACGUGAGGAGACACCAUCUAACCGAGGAGAAUCAACAGUAUUGAGCUUUGUGAGCUGGCUAACACUAAGUGGUACUGAGCAGUCUAGUGUGCGGGGCCCAUCCACUGAGACCCAGGAGGCCAAGAAAAUAGCCUUGGACUGUAUCAAGCAAUGUGACCCCGAAAAGAUGAUCACGGAAAGCAAGUUCCUCCAGCUGGAGUCACUGCAAGAGCUCAUGAAGGCUUUGGUGUCCGUAACGCCAGAUGAAGAAACAUAUGACGAGGAAGAUGCUGCUUUCUGCCUGGAGAUGCUGCUGAGGAUUGUGCUGGAGAACAGGGAUCGUGUAGGCUGUGUGUGGCAGACUGUUCGAGACCAUCUCUACCACUUGUGUGUCCAGGCACAGGAUUUCUGCUUUCUUGUGGAGCGGGCAGUAGUAGGGCUGCUGCGCUUGGCCAUUCGACUGCUCCGGAGAGAAGAGAUCAGUGGCCAGGUACUGCUCUCCCUUCGUAUUUUGCUACUGAUGAAGCCCAGUGUGCUGUCCCGCGCCAGUCACCAGGUAGCCUACGGGCUCCAUGAACUCCUCAAGACCAACGCAGCCAACAUCCACUCGGGGGACGACUGGGCCACCCUCUUCACACUGCUGGAGUGCAUCGGCUCAGGCGUGAAGCCCCCCGCAGCCCUGCAGGCCACAGCCAGAGCCGAUGCGCCUGACGCUGGGGCCCAGUCAGACAGUGAGCUUCCUUCCUACCAUCAAAACGAUGUGGUCCUGGAUCGGGGCUACACUUCCGACUCCGAGGUCUACACUGACCAUGGCAGGCCCGGCAAGAUCCAUCGCUCAGCCACAGAUGCUGAUGUGGUCAACAGCGGGUGGUUAGUGGUAGGGAAAGACGACAUUGAUAACUCCAAGCCCGGGCCUGGGCCCAGCCGGCCAAGCUCCUCUUCACCACUGGUCAAUCAGUACAGUCUGACUGUGGGGCUGGACCUUGGACCACAUGACACUAAAUCCCUGCUUAAGUGCGUGGAGUCACUGUCCUUCAUCGUGCGCGACGCCGCCCAUAUCACGCCCGACAACUUUGAGCUCUGCGUCAAAACUCUGCGCAUCUUUGUGGAGGCCAGUCUGAAUGGUGGGUGCAAGUCCCAGGAGAAACGUGGGAAGAGCCACAAGUAUGACAGCAAAGGAAACCGCUUCAAGAAGAAAUCCAAGGAAGGCUCGAUGCUUCGGCGGCCUCGAACCUCCAGCCAGCAUGCCACCCGGGGCGGGCAUAGUGACGAUGAUGAGGAUGAAGGCGUGCCUGCCAGCUACCACACGGUGUCUUUACAGGUCAGUCAGGACCUGCUGGAUCUGAUGCACACCCUGCACACGCGGGCGGCCUCCAUCUACAGCUCCUGGGCAGCGGAGCAGCGCCACCUGGAGACCGGCGGCCGGAAGAUUGAGGCGGAUUCACGCACCCUCUGGGCCCACUGCUGGUGCCCUUUACUGCAGGGCAUUGCCUGCCUGUGCUGUGAUGCCCGGCGCCAGGUGCGGAUGCAGGCGCUCACCUACCUGCAGCGAGCGCUGCUGGUCCAUGAUCUGCAGAAGCUCGACGCCCUGGAAUGGGAGUCCUGCUUUAACAAGGUGCUCUUUCCCCUGCUGACCAAGCUCCUGGAGAACAUCAGCCCUGCAGACGUGGGCGGGAUGGAGGAGACCCGGAUGAGGGCUUCCACGCUGCUCUCUAAGGUCUUCCUGCAGCACCUGUCUCCACUGCUGUCGCUCUCUACCUUUGCUGCCCUCUGGCUGACCAUCCUGGACUUCAUGGACAAGUACAUGCACGCAGGCUCCAGUGACUUACUGUCAGAGGCCAUCCCUGAGUCUCUGAAGAACAUGCUGCUGGUGAUGGACACGGCAGCCAUCUUCCACAGCGCAGAGGCCCGAGGCGGCAGCCCGUCCGCGCUCUGGGAGAUCACCUGGGAGAGGAUUGACUGUUUUCUCCCUCACCUCCGAGAUGAGCUCUUCAAGCAGACUGUCAUUCAGGACCCCACACCUGUGGAACCUCAUGCCCAGAAACCUCCAGCCUCAGCCCACCUGACUCCUGCUGCGGGUGACCCCAGGACGCCCAGCCACCCGCCUCCACCAGAGGCGCCCUCCGAGCUGGGGGCCUCAGACUUGGAGAAGACCGAGUCCCCCCGACCUGCCAACAGCAGCUCCCCCGGAUCCCCCGUGGCCUCGAGCCCCAGUAGGCUGAGCCCUAGCCCAGACGGGCCUCCCCCACUGGCUCAGCCCCCCCUGAUCCUGCAGCCCUUGGCCUCCCCUCUGCAGGUGGGCGUGCCACCCAUGACGCUGCCCAUCAUCCUCAACCCUGCGCUCAUCGAGGCCACCUCGCCAGUGCCCCUCCUGUCCACUCCGCGCCCCACAGACCCCAUGCCCACCUCAGAGGUCAACUAACACCCACCAGAGAUCAGGACCCGAGCCCCCUACCAGGCCGGCUGUCCUCAGCAAAGCCCCCUUCCAGCUUUCCCGGGGGGCCACCAACUCUCCAUGCCCAGCCCGAGCUGCUGUUGCUACCAGUUGAAUAAGGACCUGAACACGAGAACCAUUACUCUUCCUUGGGGCCAAGAAUCAGGCAGCAGAACCCUCUUCCUCCUCUGCUCUCCAUUCCUGGGGGUACAACCUGAAAACACUCAGGUUUCACCUGCACAGCCCGGCAGCUCUGGGGAGGCUUCGCCGUGCCCCCUGCAGUGCCCACCCUCCUCCCCACUCUGCACUUUGUUUCCUCUUCGUCCCGCUCCCAUCAGCCUGGGGCCACCUCUGCCAGUUCUUCCUCUAUUAUUAAUUAGUUGGUCGGUUUGGAGAAUCGAUUGGCACCAUGAAGGGUGGGAAGGGGCUGGAUGGCAGACCGCCUGAGGUGUAUGUACAUACGGAAAAACAGGACAACAAUGGACUUUUUAUGAUGUAAUAAAUGUCUUAGUACCAACUUCA